AUGGCGGAGGCUGACAAGGUCAUUGAGCUUUGCCAGAGUUUCGACGAGCUCUGCAGACAGCGUCUUCUCACGCGGCGCCCCCCUGCGUCCGACGAAACCCUCGCGAGCAUGACCGCGGCUCCUGAGAUGGACUCCAUGCUUGGCCAGAUAAAAGAGUUCGUCCGUGCUGAGGUUGCUCGUCAGCUUUCGCUGCUGUCCUCAGCCACGCCACCACCUUCGCCUUUCGCGGCCAACCUUAGCCAGGUCAUCCAGGAGCAAGUGUUCGCAGCUCUCCCUUCUGCCCGCGAGACUACGCCUCUGCCGGCUCCCGUUGCUUUUCCCGAGGUCACUGCACCUCUCAGCUAUGCCGAGGCUCUCGCGCGGCCACCACCUCCGGCCUUUGUGCCAUCUCCAUCAGUCGCGAGCAUCCACCUGCAGGAGUCAAGCAUCUACUUGUUAAGGCCCGUUGCAGACAAUCAGGAAGACAACGAAGAGUGGCAAAGCGAGAGCAGUCCGGAUUCGAUCACGCUAAUGGUCUGCAUGUUCGGCCUGCUGCUAGGAAUUAUGAUCACUGCACUCCUGACCAUCUAUUUCCUCUCCAAUGAUUCGGUAUCCGAAGUCACCAUGAAGGGGACGAAAGCGCCAGAAUCUGCGGGUGGUAGCAUUGCUGUGCCGAGCGUCGAGUCAAUAACGCCUCAGCAGUCACUCACAAUGGAAACAGCCACCGUCAAGCAGUCGGUUUCUGUGACUCCAGCACCUGUUUCUACAACCAAGGCUGUACGGAUGCUUCCGGUACCACCUGUUGUGGGGACUAUAACAGCUGUCCCGACAACUGUUUCAGCUGACACGGCACUCCCGACAACUGUUUCAGCUGAAACGGCACUCCCGACAACUGUUUCGCCAUCUGUUGGUGCGAGCGACAACGUAUGCACGACCGACGAGUGUCACUUCCUGGCGCAGUGGCUGCGGCAGAAGCUGGACGCGGAAGCAGACCCGUGCGAAGACUUCUACCGUUUUGUAUGCGGUACAUUCAAGGGGCCGGGCACCGACGCCUUCGCUAAGGUUAAUCAUACUAUGACAAGCAUCAUAAUAGGAGCCGCGUACGCUGCCCGGGUUCCUACCACAGGUCAGACUUCAUGGCAGAAAGCUGCUGGUAUGUUCCAGGCCUGCAUUUCCCUCUUCGCGGAACACCGAUCCGAGACGGCUGACCUUGUGGCGUGGAUGACUUCGAUUGAUUUGGACCUGAACAACGGGACUGCGCUACAGAGCGUCGACCCAAAAGACAUGAUGGUGCGCUGCUCGCUCGAUUUCGGAGUCCAGGCAAUCAUUUUCAUCAAGCUUUUCGAAGUUUUCUUCUUCAACAAUAAGAGGGGACUUGUGCUGACUUACAGCGAAAGAGACUCUGAGUGGCAGGCUUCAGUCAGGAAUAUUCCGGAACAGGCGAAGUUGGGUAAUUACGUCCGAAUUCUCAGCUUGUACGGCUUGGUCCAAAAUGAAACGGCGAGACUGGCUUCCCUCAUCAGCCAACACGAAUCAAAACUUGACAACAUUGUCCUGCAUGAAAAUGUGCCGCAAGCCCAGACCUUGGUAGGAAGUAUUCGUUCUAUGGGGAUGAAGACACGACCGUACGUCAAGGGAGAGGAAUGGUCCACGGCUAUUUCCAAGUACACCAAUAACACCUACAAUGGUGACGACCUCAUAGUGUAUAAGACGGACACACUCAACAUUGUCGCUGCACUCUUCAAGUCUGUGAAACGGCAGGGGAUUAGCUACCUCAUCGCUUGGAGCGUCUACAGGCAGCUGCUGCCGUUCACAAGUCGGAGGUUUGUAGCGAAACCGGACGAACCAAGUCAAGCCUGCUAUUAUUUCGUCAGAAAGGUGAUGAAGCUGGCAAUUGCGGCUCCGUAUCUGCUCUCCGUGACCAACCAAAAGACGCUGAAUGAGACAGCAUCAAUGGUUGACAAUAUUCGAAGAGCCUACCGGACAGCCUUCGAGACAUCAAGCUGGGUCACAGGUGAUGUACGAAAAGUGGCCAUCCAGAAACUCGCAAACAUGAAGUACUACGUGGGAAGUCCUGGACAGCGGUUAGACCCCGCCGUCAUUGAGAAGUAUUACGAUUCAGUGCCGGACGUGACUACGGACAAAUUUUUCGAUGCAUGGAGGAAGGCACUGUCGGCUUCUUCUCAUCAGACUUGGGCUGACCAGAAGACCUGGAUCUUCGACGAAGCUGAAGUGGACGCCUACUAUGCUACUAAUUUAAAUAUUGUGGUUAUUACAACCGCAAUUCUCCAGCUCCCCUUCUUUUAUACCGGAGCUCCUCCUGCUAUCAACUAUGGCGGCAUUGGCAUGGUAGUUGGUCACGAGAUUAUGCAUGGUUACGACGUAAGUGGGACCAUGUACGACGCUUCCGGGACGCAGCGUCAAUGGGCAACUCCUGAGUUCCUGGCGAAUUACACAGAGAAGGCUCUCUGCUUGCGGCAAUCUCACAAAGCUGCCAAGAAAAUGAAAGCCCGGCAGGAUGUGCUUGACGACACCCUCGACUCGGAAAACCUCGCUGACUUCGCGGGUGCCGCGAUCGCGCACGCAGCCUAUGCUUCGUUGCCCGCCCUCCAGCGGAAUCUGAAGCUUCCGAGCCUCAACCUGACCGCCGAGCAGCUCUUCUUCAUCGGCCACUGCGCCAAGUGGUGCGAGAGCAUGCAGGUCACUUCAGCGCGCUAUGCCCCCGGCCGUUCCCGCUGCAUUGUGCCACUGUUGAACAUGGUCGAGUUCUCAGACGCGUUCGGGUGUGCGCCAGGGACUCCCAUGAAUCCGGCCAAGAAGUGCGUGUUCUGGUUGUGA